CUUCACCUCUGAGCCAGAGAGAACAGAUUUAGCUUUGUCUAUGGGAAAAGCAAGGUCCAGAGACAUUCAGCCGCCGAGUCAAACGGGGACAUCAGACUUUGUUCCUCUGCUAGCAGCCCUGUGUUCAGCGUCAACUGGAAAACAACCCCACGGUGCUGGAGAGGUCCAUUCAGGCUCCAUCUUAUUUCUCUUUUCUUUCUUGAGAGGGUUGGGUAGUUCAGGCUGACCUCCAGCUCCCCAUGCAGCUGUGACCUUGAACUUCUCACCCUCCUGCUGUCAUCUCUGAAAGCUGAGGACCGACACCAGGGCCCAUGGACACCUUCAGCACAAAGAACCUGGUCCUGCAGGCCCAGAAGAAAGUCCUCAGCAAGAUGGCUUCCAAGGCCAUGGUGGCUGUAUUUGUGGAUGACACCAGCAGUGAGAUCUUGGAUGAAUUGUACCAGGCCACUAAGGAGUUCACCCGCAGCCGGAAGGAGGCGCAGAGAGUGGUGAAGAACCUGGUGAAGGUGGCGGUGAAGCUGGCUGUGUUGCUUCGGGCAGACCAGCUGGACAGCAACGCGCUAGCCCAGCUGCGGCGUUUCCGGAGCCGGGUGCACAGCCUGGCCAUGACAGCCCUCAGCUUCCACCAGGUAGACUUCACCUUUGACCGGUGUGUGCUGGCCACUGGGCUGCUGGAAUGCAGGGAUCUGUUGCACCAGGCCACUGGCCUGCACCUCACUGCCAAGUCACACGGCCGCAUCAAUCACAUUUUCAGUCACUUUGCCAAUGGCGACUUCCUGGCUGCACUGUACAGUCCAGUAGAGCCCUACCGGAGCCACCUGUGUCGCAUCUGUGAUGGCCUCGGGAGGAUGUUGGAUGAGGGUGGCAUCUGACCUGGAGUCAGCCACCUGGAGCCUAUCUUCCCCUAGUGACUGGUCCCCCAGAACACAGAACUGCCUGUGUAUGAGGCAGUGUCUCCUCUGCUUCUCCUGCUGUAGCCCAUUUGCUUUUGUCUGCGUCUCCCCUCCUCCUCCUCUUCCUUCUGAGACAGGUCUCAUGUAGCCAGGCUGACACCAAACUCCCCAUGUAGCCAAGGCUGACCUUGACCUCCUGAGCCUCUUGCCCCCACCUCCGAGAGUGCUGGACGACAAGUGUGUGCCAACAACCCACUGUCUGAGCAUUCUCAGUCUUUCAAAUAAGGUUGUGGAGAACUGGGAGAAAAGAAUUGUACUCCCCUGAUCCCUCCCACUGCCAAAUGACUGUUUCCUAAGUCUCAGGUCCUCCCAAGGUGACUUGCUUUAAAAAAUGGAGUUCAAACUCUUGCACCAGACUAGAGUGAACAGGUAUCAGCCUGCUACAACAGGUCUUUAUAUAGGUUGGCCCAGGGGGGCUCACUCUGCCAAUGCUGCAGGGCACUGGGCACUGACGAGUGACGCUACUACCAAGUGUACCAGCAGACAGGUGCUAGACAGGGGCCAUGGCUUUUUCCCAGUGGUUUUGAGACUCCAAGCACACUUUGGUGUUGGGAUCUGAGAUCCUGUUAGGGGACUGGACCCUGGCACUGAAGAAAAGAAAUAGAGUCGGUGAGAUGGCUCAGCCUGUAGGAGUGCUUGCUGCCAAGCCUGUUGACUGGCUUUCCCAAAACCUGUGCAGUAGGAGAAGAAUCCAGUUUCAGAAAGUUGGCCUCUGAUCUCCAUGUGGACAUGCCCACACAGAGCCACAUGAGGGCGGGUGCUCUGGCACUUGGAAACAUGGGGGGAUCCAACCACUCAGCAAGGAGGCACUAUUCCAGGUGGACACUUGGGAGUUGUCACUGAUAGGACAGGACUCGCUGUCAAACAUGGGGACCCCAUUCCCAGCUUCAGACCAGGGAAAAGCCACUGGAGACACAAGUAUGUGUUAAAUUAUAAUUCCAUAUUUGGGAAACAAAUCCAUCUUUCCUCUUUGUAUGGUAGCCUGGGUUUGUAACUGAGACUGACUGUGUGUGGAAGCAGCCUCUACUAUCUGAGCGGGCCUGUGGUUAUGUGAGACACCAUAACUGGUUAACCCAAUUGGUACUGAGACAAAACUUUUACCCUUGGAAAGUAGGCUCCAGCUACAUAUGUGCCCAGCUGAGGUAUGGGUUAGUUGUCUAGAAUCCCUCAGCGUGGUUAGGGGUGGACCCCGCCUAGAAUUCCCCAGUGAGGGAUCAGGAGCUUGGCUCAGGGGUAGCAUGCACGAGGUGGGGAUGGCCGGAGACCUGUGAAGAUCCUGUGUCUGUAGUUCGUGUUUGUGGAGGAGCUGGCACAGCAGCAGAUGGGAAGGUUAUCUGAGGUAUUUGGAGAAGACACAGAACGUGCAAAGCUGAGUGUAUUUAGGGCAGUGUUUACAACCUGGAACUUCCUGGGGUCAGGAGGGAGUCACUUCCUCAGUGUUUCAGUGCAUGCAGACAGAUGUAAUGACAAAGAAGGUUCUAUUAACAGCUACAUUUUCUUGUUGUUUUGAGACAGGGUCUCUCUGUGUAGCCCUGGUUGUCCUGGAACUCACUCUGUAGACUAAGCUAGUCUGGAACUCAGAGAUCCUCCUGCCUCUGCCUCUGCCUCCCAAGUGCUAGGAUUAAAGGACAAUAUUUUGCCCCGUGG